CUGUUCAUAUGCAAAGUUAGGUACUUUCUGAGGUCAAAGGUUGGGUAGGAAGAAUGUUGCGUAAUAGGAGGUCGUAAACAACAUCUGGAAUACGUCAGGGGGCCCCUAUGAAUGGAUACAUGUCACUUUAGUGGGGCACACGUUGUUGUCAGGAGUAGGAAUCAAUAGAACACGUAAUAAGAUUUAAAAGUAUGACACACACGGAGCGAUGUUGAGAAAUAAUUUAUAUUAUCAGGGCAUUGUUAUAUUUCUUAAGGGGGACAGGGAUUUUCAUAGGAUUUGAGGUUGUGUUUUUUUUUAUGUCAUUUUUUUGUGAGACAUUUAGAAUGAGAACUCUUAAGUGUUUUCUGAUCCACACUACAGCAGAAGAGUGGCGGUAAUGCACCAUUAAGCUGGAUGCCAACUGUCGUAGCACCCGAAAAGAGGAGAAGAAGAAGAAGAAGCAGAAGAAGAAGAGAGUUUCAUAACAAAACGUCACUUCCUCUGACCGCUGCUUAAGGUGAUCUGCCUCAUGACUCAAUGUUGCGUUUGAUUGCAACAUCCCUGUGCCUCAGAUGCCAAUGUGCUGCAGCUCUUCCUUUACACAUAAGAACAUGUGCAACACUCAUCCCAGCAGAGAACCAGCAGACUGUGGAGGCUCUCUAUGAUCUCUCUGUGGACAUCCAGAAGGUGCGGAAACUAAAUGGCUGGGUCCUGCAUCAGAGCCAAGCCUACACUAAGGAGGUUGCAGACCUGCUGAAGGACUUGGGUGCCUCGGGCCCAGUCAUUGCCCGUAUCCUCACAGUUCACCCUGAGGCGGUUCUCUGCCAGCCGGAGCAGAUGCAGACUCAGAAGGAGCUGUGGAUGUCCGUGUGCCCGAAACAGAAAGACCUGGUUGGUAUCAUUGAGAAUUUCCCAGCCUCCUUUUUCACUUCCUCCAGCCACCACGACAACCAGCGGAACAAUAUCACUUUCUUCCAAAGCCUAAACUUAAACAAGAGAAUUAUCACUAAGCUCAUGGCCAGCGCUCCGCAGAGCUUCAGUCGACCGGUAGAGCAGAACGAGGUGAUGGUGCGCACCCUCCAGCAGUCCUACCAGGAUCUUGGGGGGGAGGAGGCCAACAUGAAGAUCUGGCUCCAGAAGCUGCUGAGUCAGAACCCGUAUGUACUCCUGAAGCCCCCUGAGGUGCUAAGGGAGAACCUGCUGUUCCUGAGAGACAAGGGCUUCAGCACGGCCGAGCUCCUCCACCUACUCUCCAAACUCAGAGGAUUUGUCACCGAGCUGAACCCUGACAGCAUGCGCCGCACCCUGGCAUACUCGCAGGAUACCAUCUGCUGCUCCGAGGCAGAGCUGCGGCACAUUGUCCUCAACUGCCCGGCUCUGCUUUACUACCCUGACGAUAUUCUGGCCGAGCGCUUUAAGGGCCUGCUCAGCGCUGGAAUCAGCAUGUCACAAAUCAAAGAGACUCCGACCGUUUUAGAGCUGACCACUCAGAUAGUGAAUUAUCGCAUCCAGCGACUGAGGGUGCACAGGUAUGACGUAAGGACAGGUAGUCUAGAGGUCCUUAAUGGCACCAAAAAAGACUUUGAGAUGAGCUAUGGAAAGUUACAGCUACGUAGUGAAAGACCUAUUUUCAACCCUGUCGCCCCUCUAAAGGUAGAUGACUGACAGAAGAUGUAUGGAUUAAAUCAACAGAAUUAAAGUUUAACUGGAUGUGUAAUAGAAUUCUUAUUAUUUAUGUUAUUCAGUGUUGGAUUAAAGUGUGCACCUAUUUCAAACAUAUGAUUUAUAAUGGGAUACAACCCACAUAUAUCUAUAUAUGCCUCUUUAACUUGUGUGUAUGUAGGAAUUUUAUGGGUGUAAAUACGGGCUUAAAUUUAUAUUCAAGGUGUGCAAAUGACCUUUAUUUCCUUGUGGGAAAAAAAAAGGUAAUUUAAAUCCAAUCAAAAAAAGUACUUUUGAGUCAUGAGACAAGCCCUUUUUCCUGUAAUAAGGAGUAAAUCUUAAAACAAAUGCAAAAAUGCAUAGAAUAAAAGUUCACACUGCUCAAAGAAUACUCACCAUUUUUCAGUCUGAAAAUAAUUGCAUCACACUUUUACUGCAAGACUAAAUUCAUGUUGUGUGAUUAUGUAUCAACUUCCCAGAGAGUAAGACAAAUGCAUUGGCAUCAAAAUAUGUCACGCUUUUUAGGAGAGAGUCCCUUGCCAAAUAAAGAAUGUCUUACAGCUUA